UGUGAGGCAGAGAGCACGCUGGAAAACAUUUUCAGAGAGGCCAAAGGGCUCUUCAUCUGCAGCCAGCAGCUCUUCGUCACAGCCACCCUCCUCUGCCGCCUAAACACAGCCGCCAUGACAGAGAGACGUAUUCCUUUCACCCUGCUCCGCACCCCGAGCUGGGACCCAUUCCGUGAUUGGCACCAGAGCAGCCGCAUCUUUGACCAGACCUUCGGCAUGCCGGCCCUACCUGAGGACUUCGCCACAUUCCCCAGCACCCACUGGCCGGGGUACCUGCGGCCCUCCGUCCUGACCCCGGAUAUGGGUGCCAUGGUGCCCCAUGCCCCCAUGAUGUACCCAACACCCAUGAUGGCCCAGCAGGCCCGUGCAUUGUCCCGCCAGAUGAGCAGCGGCAUGUCAGAGAUCAAGCAGACCCAAGACAGCUGGAAGGUGUCCCUGGAUGUCAACCACUUCUCACCUGAGGAGCUGGUGGUGAAGACCAAGGAUGGUGUGGUGGAAAUCACAGGCAAACAUGAGGAGAGGAAAGACGAGCACGGUUUUGUAUCCAGAAGCUUCACUAGGAAAUACACCCUCCCCUCUACAGCUAACAUUGAGAAGGUGGCCUCGUCUCUGUCUCCUGAGGGGGUACUGACCGUGGAGGCUCCUUUGAUCAGACCGGCCAUCGAGUGCUCAGAGACCACUAUACCUGUCAACGUGGAUAACAAAGGUGGCGUGGUGAAGAAGUAAAGAAAAGCUGUGCAGUGUCUCCCACACAAACACACACACACAUAUUCAAAUAUACUCUUCUAGAAAGGUGAAGAAGCAGCUUAUCGCUCUUCCCAAAGCAGACUUGUUCACACGCCAGAGGGAGGGAAGGAAGGGAUUGCCCUUGCUCCUCUCUUUCCCCUCUGUCUCUGGUAAUGAGCCAACCCCAGCUGAGUGCACUGUGUAAACACAUCUGCAGUAGUGCCAUAUGCCUGUUCUUUAUGCCGUAAUUACACUCUUUAUCUGAAUGUAGGAGUUUAGCCCUUAGCUCACAGCUUUCUUCCCUCUUUCCCUCCCUUGCACACACACACACAUACACCUUUCUCAUUUCUGUUGAAUAAAUCCACUUCAUGCUGCCUCUACAGACACACUAAAUACAACUGUAAAGCGGACUGUAAUACCAGUGAUCUUGUAAAUUAAAGAACAAAGGUCCCAAGUGAGCAUGCACACCACCAGCAUGAGCCUUGAAGAAUGCCUGGACUGGAAAUAGACUGGUUGUAUCUGCAAACAGAAUAAAGAACAAACAACGUA